AUGCAGAGGUGUAAGACCGCUGCUUGCAGGAGCAGCAGCUGCAACACUGAAAACGUGACUGCAGCUGCUCCCCAGAUGAUAGUGACCAAGGCAAUAGCUGUACCAAUACGGGACAGCCAAAACAAUUCGAGAAGCACUCUAGGUGGGAACAAGAGGCAUUGUGGAACUAGAGAGACGGUUGUGAGAACAGGGGCCAAGGGCUCUGAGCCCCAGAGAGACACAGUCGCCUGGUACCAGGACUUCGAGAAAAGUCAGAAGGUGAGGAGAGGACUGUGCUCAAGAAAGGAAGCCUCACAUCCAGGGGAAUGGUCAGAGGUGGAUAGCCCUGCCAGAGACCCAAUUGUUGGUACUGAAUGGAAGGCAAAGCCACCAGCGAAAGAGAAAGCAGAUUUGUUGCAGGAGGAAGAGAGUAGAUCUAGUGAGGGUGAAGCAGCGGACAGUGGUUCCUCCAGCCCGUCUCGCACUGGCACAGUCCACCUGCUGGCACCUGCAACUUUACCAAGACACAAGCUCGGGCGUCCUUUCUCGGGUGGGUCUGUCCAGGUCCCCAGUAGCAACGUCUUCAGGCUCCUCACGCACGGUCUCCCGCAGCCAGCCUUGCGGCCCACCACGUCUCGGUGCCCACAGUGGCGAAGCUCUGUGGGCAGGUCCAGAGCGCUUAGCAGGUGGCCGGCGGGAGAAGCUGUGUCACUGCAGCCAGAGGGCGACUGCGUUGCGGGGGCGAAGCGACUCCAGGUGACAUCUCAAGUCUUUGGACGCACUGCGGCCCCGCAGGCACUUCAGGUGUGUACAGCGUGUCCCCGGGCUCCAGACAGGCUCCAGCUCUUCCUUGAGAGAGACCAGGUGAUGACAACCAGGAUCCCGUCAGUUUUGCUCCAGGGCAGCAAGAACCUGUUGUUUCAGAAGUUGGUGACCUUUGAGGACGUAGCUGUGUACUUCACCCAGACGGAAUGGGAUAUUCUGUCCCCUGAACAGAGGGCGCUGUACAAGGAUGUAAUGCUGGAGAAUUAUAGGAACUUGGCCUCCAUGGGAUUCCCAUUUCUCAAACCUGCUUUGAUCUCACAGCUAGAGGAAGGAAAGGAUCUGGAAAACCUGUCUCAGCUGGCCACUGGAACAGACUCCCAGGGCCUCUGGACUGAAUAUACUGCUAUCCAGAUUGGCAAUAAUUUGAUAAAAGAAGUGUAUGAAGAAAAAAAGAGUAUAUUAUUUGAUCUUCAGAAGGACUUUUCCCAGGAAACAUUUUUUUCAAAAACUUCUAUUGUAGACCAACGACAGGAAAUUCAUUUAACAGGAAGUGUGAAAGAGAAUAUCAGUACCACUGAUGGAAGACUUAAGACAAGCUCCGUGGAAGGGUAUUUAUUUAAUCAGACUCUAAAUGUGUCUCAAAACCAUACCAACUCCAUCGAAGAACCAUAUUCUGAUAACACACUUACUAAUAGUGAAAAAAUUACUACAGAGGGGAGAUCUUUGAAACACAAAGAUUUAGUAGAAACCUCUCAAGGUAGCUCUCAAGCUAAUCAGCUUCCAGAAAGCUCUACUGUGGAGAAGCCUUAUCAAUGUACAGAAUGUGGCAAAGCCUUCAACGUUAAAGCAAAAUUUGUUUGGCAUCAAAGACUUCAUAAUGGAGAGAAACCUUUCAAAUGUGUGGAGUGUGGGAAAUGCUUCAGUUAUAGUUCCCACUAUAUCACACAUCAGACAAUCCAUAGUGGAGAAAAGCCUUAUCAGUGUACAGUAUGUGGAAAAGCCUUUAGUGUUAAUGGAAGUCUAGUUAGACACCAGAGGAUACAUACAGGAGAGAAGCCCUAUCAGUGCCAGGAAUGUGGAACUGGCUUUGGCUGUAGUUCUGCCUACAUUACACAUCAGAGAACCCACACUGGGGAGAAACCUUAUGAGUGUAGUGACUGUGGGAAAGCUUUCAAUGUUAAUGCAAAAUUAAUUCAGCAUCAAAGAAUUCAUACUGGAGAGAAACCUUAUGAGUGUGAUGUGUGUGGGAAAGGCUUCAGGUGCAGCACUCAGCUUAGGCAGCAUCAGAGUAUACACACUGGAGAAAAACCACAUCGGUGUAGUGAAUGUGGGAAAGGCUUCACAAAAAAUGCAAAACUCAUUCAACAUCAAAGAGUCCACACAGGUGAGAAACCCUAUGGAUGCAGCGAAUGUGGAAAGACUUUCAGUGCCAAAGGGAAAUUAAUCCAGCACCAGAGAAUCCACACUGGUGAGAGACCUUAUGAAUGUAGUGAAUGUGGGAAAUCUUUUCGGUGUAACUCCCAGCUUCGGCAGCAUUUGAGAAUCCAUACUGGGGAGAAGCCAUAUAAGUGCAGUGAGUGUGGAAAGGCCUUCAAUGUUAAUGCAAAACUAAUGCAGCAUCGGAGAACUCACACAGGGGAAAAACCUUUUGAAUGUAAUGAAUGUGGAAAGUGCUUUACUUCUAAAAGAAACCUACUUGAUCAUCAGCGGACCCACACUGGAGAAAAGCCAUUUCAAUGUAAGGAAUGUGGAAAAGCUUUCAGUAUCAAUGCCAAGUUAACUAGACACCAACAGAUACAUACUAGGGAGAAACCUUUCAAGUGUAUGGAAUGCGAGAAAGCAUUCAGCUGUAGUUCUGACUAUAUUGUGCACCAGAGAAUCCAUACUGGAGAGAAACCCUUUCAAUGCAGUGAAUGUGGGAAAGCCUUCCAUGUCAAUGCUCAUCUAAUUAGACACCAGAGAAGCCAUACUGGGGAAAAACCUUUCCGAUGUGUUGAGUGUGGCAAAGGCUUUAGCCUUAGUUCUGACUGUAUUAUACACCAGACUGUGCAUACUUGGAAGAAGCCCUAUGUGUGUAAUAUAUGUGGAAAAACUUUCAGGUUUAGCUUCCAACUUAGUCAGCACCAAGCUGUGCAUAGUGAAGAAAAAGCCUAA